UUCAGAAUUUUGACGGCAAGAUUUGCAAUAUUUUUCCAAUUUGUAACCACUUUCAACGCAACUGUUCAUUGACUAUUGUGCUAUUUUAUGUCUUCACAAUAUCGAGGAACACA